GGGGUGACUCGAACUCACAACCUCUUGGUUGGAAGUGAAGGUUGCUUACCAUCAGAGCAACCCCUCUUGUAAAAAAUUUGCAAUUAGUAUUCCACAUUACAUGGCCCGCGAAAUGAUACAACCAUUGACAGGCAUGUCCAUAGCGCUCGUCAAAGAAAUGUCUUUUGAAUAAUUCUGGAGAAAAUCUCCUACUAUUUCCACAACUUUAAGCUUUGCCACAAUUGAAACGCCAAACACCCUUUUAAUUUGGUAUAUACUUCCAAAGAUAUAUAGUGAAACAUUGACCCAUUGACUUCAAGUCUUUCUAAUUCUACCCGUAUUUUACAAGCUGAGAAAUUAAUGCCAUUGCCUCGCACGACUUGUAAUGAUUCACUACAAUAUAAAUUAAAGCUCUACCUUGCACAAGUCCAUCAAUAACCAAAACAAACAACUGAAUUUCAUCCUUUAGCCAUAAUGAUGGUUCCCAGAAUAUUUUCUUUACUUCAGUUUUUCACUCUCUUAUAUUUGUUGGCAGUUUCUUUUGCUUCUACUGAGGAAGCAACUGCUCUCCUAAAAUGGAAAGCGACUCUCCAAAACCAGAAUAAUUCCUUAUUGGCUUCAUGGACACUAAGUGCCAAGAAUUCUUCUAGCAUUGGUGGGGUAAGUUCUGAUGCAUGCAGGGAUUGGUAUGGAGUUAUAUGUGUUAAUGGUAGGGUAAACAGGUUGAAUAUUACAAAUGCUAGUAUUAUUGGUACACUGUAUGAUUUUCCAUUCUCAUCUCUCCCUUCUGUUGAAUAUGUUGAUCUUAGCAUGAACCAACUCUCUGGCACCAUCCCUCCUGAAAUAGGUAAACUGACUAAUCUAGUUUAUCUUGAAUUGUCGAUCAACCAGAUUUCAGGCACAAUCCCACCACAAAUCGGGUCACUAAGAAAGCUUAAGACCCUCCAUAUCUUUGACAACCAAUUAAAUGGUUCCAUUCCUGCAGAAAUAGGGAAGAUGGAGUCGCUUGAGGAUUUAGGCUUACAGAAAAACAAUCUUUCUGGUCCGAUUCCAAAAACUAUUGGUGACUUAAGUGAGCUCAAUAUUCUGUACCUUUAUUCUAACCAACUUUCUGGUCCUAUUCCUACAGAGUUGGGGAAUCUGAAAAACCUUACUGAUCUAUAUUUAUCUAAAAAUCAGCUUACUGGUUCAAUUCCAACUACUCUAGGUGACAUAACCGAGCUCAAGACUCUGUACCUUUAUUCUAACCAACUUUCUGGUCCCAUUCCUACAAAGUUGGGGAAUCUGAAAAAACUUAUAGAUCUAGAAUUAUCUCAUAAUCAACUUACUGGUCCGAUUCCAAAAAUUAUUGGUGACUUAAGUGAGCUCAAAAUUAUGUACCUUUUUUCUAACAAACUUUCUGGUCUCAUUCACAAAGUUGGGAAUAUGAAAAACCUUAUAGAUCUAGAAUUAUCUCAUAAUCAGCUUACUGGUCCGAUUCCAAAAACUAUUGGUAACUUAAGUGAGCUCAAAAUUCUGUACCUUUUUUCUAACCAACUUUCUGGUCCCAUUCCUACAGAGUUGGGAAAUCUGAAAAACCUCACAGAUCUAAAGUUAUCUAUGAAUCACCUUACUGGUUCAAUUCCAACUACUCUAGGUGACAUAACUGAGCUCAAGACUCUGUACCUUCAUUCUAACCAACUUUCUGGUCCCAUUCCUACAGAGCUAGGGAAUCUGAAAAACCUCAUAAGUCUAGAUUUAUCUCAUAAUCAGCUUACUGGUUCAAUUCAUACUUCCUUUGGGAAUUUAAGAAACUUGCAAAAACUGUUUCUCAGUUUCAACAAACUUUCUGGUUCCAUUCCAAAAGAACUUGCAUAUUUGGAUAACUUGGUUAGGCUUUCAAUGAGUGAAAAUCAGUUUUCAGGCCACUUGCCAGAGCAUUUUUGCCAAGGUGGAAAACUUGUGAACUUCACUGUGGGUAGUAACAAGCUGACAGGUCUAAUUCCAAGAAGCUUGAGCAAGUGCUCGAGUUUCAAAAGAGUUCGUUUUAAUAACAACAAUUUCACAGGAAAUUUAUCGGAAGCUUUUGGUAUCUAUCCCGAGCUUCAGUUCAUUGAUUUGAGCGACAACGAUUUUUAUGGUGAACUCAGCAACAACUGGGGAAAAUGCAAGAAUUUGACAAAUUUGCAGAUAGCCAGAAAUAACAUUAGUGGUAGCAUACCACCAGAGAUUGGAAACGUCAAAGGGAUUCUAGGACUUGAUCUUUCAUCUAAUCAUUUGGUUGGGCAGAUUCCAAAAGAAUUUGGAAAAUUAACCUCUCUAGUUAAUCUUUUUAUGCAAAACAAUCACAUUUCUGGCAAUAUUCCGAGUGAACUUGGGUCACUGACAAAGUUAGAGUCCCUUGAUCUGUCAGACAAUAGAUUGAACGGGUCAAUCCCAACAUUUAUAGGAGAUUACAUGAACAUGUUUCUCUUGAACCUGAGCAACAACAAGUUUGGCCAAAAAAUUCCAAAGGAGAUAGGGAGGAUAACUCACCUAAGUGUACUUGAUUUGAGCCAUAACCUUCUAGAUGGAGAAAUACCCUCUCAGUUAGCCAGUUUGCUGGACUUGGAAAAGUUGAAUCUUUCUCACAAUGGCCUCUCUGGCCGCAUUCCUGAAGAAUUUGAAAGUAUGACUGGUUUGCGGGAUGUUGUCUUGUCAUACAAUGAGUUGGAAGGUCCAAUACCAAAUAAUAAAGCUUUUAUGAAUGCUUCAUUAGAAGGUAAUAAAGGUUUUUGCGGCAAUAUAACAGGAUUUCAGCCUUGCGAAAGGCCAUCUUCGAUGCUGAAGAAGCACUCAAGAAGUAAACUCAUCCUCGCCACUGUACUUCCUGUUAUGGGAGCACUUGUAUUUAUCUGUGCUUUUACUGGUGUUCUUAUGUGUGAUAAAAGAAGGAAAGUUAAAGAUGUUGAAAGGCGGGAUGAUGGUUUGAUUUCGAUAUCCUUGUUAGAUGGAAAGACAUUGUACACGGAUAUCUUAAAUGCCACAGAGGAGUUUGAUGCAACAUUUUGCAUCGGGCAAGGAGGGCAGGGAAGCGUUUACAAGGUAAACCUUCCAUCAUUAGGGAGUAUAGCUGUGAAGAGAUUUAAUUCUUCAUUUGCGAAUACGCAUUGCAAAAGCUUCACGAAUGAGGUCAAUGCAUUGAUUGGGAUUAAGCAUCGGAACAUUGUGAAACUCUAUGGCUUUUGCUCGGAUGCACAACACUCGUUCUUGGUUUAUGAAUAUGUGGAAAGGGGGAGUCUUUUUGGUAUCUUGAGCAAUGAAAUUGAGUCCAAGAAUUUGGAUUGGCUUAAGAGGGUGAAUAUCCUCAAAGGUGUUGCUUUUGCUUUAUCUUACCUGCACCAGGAUUGUUCACCACCGAUUGUUCAUCGAGACAUAUCAAGCAGUAAUAUUUUGCUUGACUCUGAGUAUGAAGCUCGUGUUUCCGAUUUUGGAAUAGCUAAGCUUCUCAAGCCAGACUCGUCCAAUUGCACAACGCUCGCAGGCACAUAUGGCUAUGUUGCACCUGAGCUUGCAUAUACAAUGAAGGUUACAGAAAUGUGUGAUGUCUAUAGCUUUGGAGUAUUAGCAUUGGAGAUAAUCAAAGGAAAUCAUCUUGGGGAAUACAUUACUCUGCUAGCAAAUUCAUCGACUAGAGAUCAUGUGCAGCUUAGCGAUUUGUUGGAUGAACGCCUUCCAUAUCCUGAUGAUAGAGUAAAAGAGGUUUUGGUUUUUAUCAUCAAUCUAGCAAGCUGUUGUUUGGUUGAAACUCCAAAAUCGAGGCCAACAAUGCACUUCAUCUCUCAUAAGUUAUCAUCAAUGGAUUCACGCCCACGUACUCAUCAUAGAUAAAACCCCCAUGUAAGGCGAGCUAUAUAAUCCCUGAUAUGUAAGGUGUAUUUUUAUUGAAAUGAAUAAGCUUUAACACAAAGUGGUUGUGAAGUAAGUAAUUUAAUGAGACGGUCCACGAAAAGAUUAUUACUGGGACUAGUAUUCUAGUAUUGUUAGGAUGCUUAUCUGGUCUGUAUUAGAGUGUAUACAAUAUAAUGUAGUAUAAGGUUAUUAUUUAAUUUCUUGUACCAAAAACUAAUAAAAACAAGUUUCAUGUUUGCUAAGUACUGAUGUUAUAGUAGGAUUACUUUGCAUAAAUUUUAUUGCUCAUCAAAAUCUCUAACCGUGAAUGCUUCUAAAAUAUGAUCACACUGCAAUGUAUCAAAAUACUCUAUAUUUUAAAGAUGAAAGUAGAGAUGACUAUGUAUCAAAAUAACAUCUCAUUAAACACGUAUGGUUAUCUGCCUCUUUUUAAACAGAUAUUGUAGUUGUAAAAUACUGGAAUUAUUUCACUGGAGUUAAUAGAGAAACAAAUUUCUUUGACUUUUCUGCUUCUUUCGCCUUGAGUUGAUGUCGAGAAUUCAAGUUGCUGCACCAUUUUGUUCUUUUUCAUCGGUUUUAC